AUGACUUCGUUGGAUCAGUUAUCACUGAAUCAAAAGAACACAGGCACCAAACUUGUUAAGGGUCCAUGGAGGCAUGAGGAGGACGAGAGACUCCUAAAGCUGGUGAAGGAGUUUUCGCCUAAGAACUGGUCGUUCAUUGCGAAGAAGCUGGGGAGCCGGGUUGGGAAGCAAUGCAGAGAAAGGUGGCACAACCAUCUCAACCCACAGAUUACAAAGAAGCCGUUUACUAUGGAAGAGGAGGGUGUGAUAAUUGAGCUCCACUCGAAGUUUGGAAAUAGAUGGUCUGAGAUAGCAAAGUACCUUCCUGGAAGGACGGAUAAUGCAAUAAAGAACUAUUGGAAUUCGUCGAUACAAAGAAGAAGCGAAAAGAUGAGGAGGAGAAGCAUGUUCUGCUCUAUCGAUGAGUUCCACAAGAACCAUGACCUGGGGCAGGGGAAGUACGAGAACAACCAUAACAGCUCUGUAGUUUCUCCGCAUGUGAGCAUGAAGCAAAAGACAAGGAGGAGCAGCAGUGUUCAGAAUCUCCCCGAAUAUAUCCCGAGACCGGAGGCGUUUGACGAGGAAGAUUUCGAUGAGAUGGACGAGAUUGCCAGCCAGGCGCUUCUGCGGAUAUGCAUGUCAUUUUAA